AUGGUGAGCGAGAAAAAUAUAAUUCCUAAAAGAGAAGACGGGAAUCCAAAUCCCGCUGGAAAUACACCUCUUCACAUCUUAGUCAAAGAAGCUUUUGAAAAUCUGGCUAAGGAAGGACAACUAGAUUCCGCGGGGGGUUUGAAAAAUGAAAAUGCUCACAUGUCCGCCCAAGAUAACUCACUGAGUGUACCAAUGCAUGUACAAAAUGACAUUAAAACUAGUAAUGUCACAACUCCUCUUGUAACAAAUGACGGACAAAAAUUCACAUCGUGCCAGACGAAAGCAGAUGGUAACUGUUUUUUCCACGCAGUUUUUGGGUUUAAAAAUUGCAAUGGACAGUACGAAACUACACGUGGGAAAGAAAUGAGAAAAGAAUGGCACAAUUUCUUAAGUCAGUACCACUCGUUGAAAGAUGAAAACAUGCCUAAGGAUCUUAAAGAUCAACUCAAGAAAAUAUUUACAAUGUUCUUGAACGAUCCUAGUUAUUUGACUGGACGAUCGGAUCUCAUUAAUAACUUGGUGAAUGAGACUAACAAAAAAAUUAGACAUUCAGAUGUUAAAGUAGAAGAUCUAAAAACCGAUAUUGUAAACAAAUUUUGUGAGAGCAAAAUGUUUAGAAAAGAAAUAAUGGACGUCAUCUGUGGUCUUGAUAAUAAUACUUGA